AUGCUGGCCCUCCGGGUUGGGGCCCGCGGUUUUCCGCCUUCGUGGUCUUCUCGGGAACGACGAUACCGUGUUGUUUCGUUCUUGGAUGGAGAUGUUCCAAAAUUAAUAGAGAGUCGCGGCUCGACAUACCCACUGCGCUCCUUUUCUCCGACGUUUCUGUAA